ACACUGCACACAACUGAGCGUUGAGCGAUGGAGAGACCGAGAUAGAGAGAGAGAGCGCUGAAAAGGUAGUUUCUUCGGGAGAGAGGGAAAGUUGAUAUUAUUGCGCCUUUCUUUACUCUCUUAUUUAGCGUUCUGUGAAGAGUUCGGCUCGUGAUUCUGGUUCUCUCGUCUCGACUGGGUUUUGGGGGGAGAAUGGAGAGGAUUCGAGCUAGGGUUUCUCUGGUUUUGUAAUGCUGUGUCUGGGCUUGGAUUGUUUGGAUCUGGGAAGAUUUGUGAUAAUGUUGUCUUGAUACAACUUCAAGAUAGUGAUGGAAAGAUUGGUGUUGGUGAAAUCAUAUUUGCUGUGGUUGCUUAUAUUGAUUCAUCCUCUGAGGCUCGUUUAUGCAAAUAUGGAAGGUGAUGCUUUGCAUAGCUUAAGAUCCAACUUGGAUGAUCCAAACAAUGUGCUGCAGAGUUGGGAUCCUACUCUUGUCAACCCCUGCACGUGGUUUCAUGUUACAUGCAACACUGAUAAUGGUGUUAUAAGAGUGGAUCUAGGCAAUGCAGAUUUAUCUGGUCAGUUGGUCCCCCAGCUUGGUCUGCUGAAGAAUCUGCAGUACUUGGAACUCUACAGCAAUAAUAUUAGUGGACUAAUUCCUAGUGACCUUGGGAAUCUGACCAACUUGGUGAGCUUGGAUCUCUACUUGAACAGUUUUACUGGUCCUAUUCCAGACACUUUGGGAAAGCUGUCAAAACUUCGCUUCCUUCGGCUCAACAACAACAGCUUGACAGGUCCCAUUCCUAUGUCAUUGACUAAUAUUUCAUCGCUGCAAGUGUUGGAUCUAUCAAACAACCAUCUGUCAGGGGCAGUUCCAGAUAAUGGUUCUUUUUCACUAUUCACACCCAUCAGUUUUGCUAAUAACCUGGAUCUCUGUGGCCCGGUUACUGGACACCCAUGCCCUGGAUCUCCUCCAUUUGCUCCACCCCCUCCAUUUGUCCCUCCUCAACCAUUUUCAUCUCCAGGAGGCAAUAGCCUAACUGGAGCAAUUGCUGGAGGGGUUGCUGCUGGUGCUGCUCUUCUCUUUGCUGCCCCUGCAAUUGCAUUUGCAUGGUGGCGGCGCAGGAAACCCCAAGAAUAUUUCUUUGAUGUACCUGCUGAAGAGGAUCCUGAAGUUCAUCUAGGACAGCUUAAAAGGUUCUUACUGCGAGAGUUACAAGUGGCAACAGAUGGUUUUAGUAAUAAAAAUAUUUUGGGCAGAGGGGGAUUUGGCAAAGUAUACAAGGGGCGCCUGGCAGAUGGUUCGCUGGUUGCUGUAAAACGACUAAAGGAGGAGCGUACACCUGGAGGGGAGUUACAAUUUCAAACAGAAGUUGAGAUGAUAAGCAUGGCUGUGCAUCGGAAUCUUCUCAGGCUACGUGGAUUUUGUAUGACACCAACUGAAAGGCUCCUUGUUUAUCCUUUUAUGGCAAAUGGAAGUGUUGCAUCAUGUUUAAGAGAACGUCUGCCAUCUGAACCACCACUCGAUUGGCCGACCAGGAAGCGAAUUGCAUUGGGAUCUUCAAGAGGACUAUCUUAUUUGCAUGAUCACUGCGACCCAAAGAUCAUCCAUCGCGAUGUAAAAGCUGCAAACAUCUUGUUGGAUGAGGAGUUUGAAGCUGUUGUUGGAGACUUUGGUUUGGCCAAACUGAUGGACUACAAGGACACACACGUCAUUACUGCCGUACGAGGAACAAUUGGACAUAUAGCUCCCGAAUAUCUGUCCACUGGAAAAUCAUCAGAAAAAACAGAUGUUUUUGGGUACGGAAUAACGCUUCUGGAGCUUAUAACAGGACAAAGGGCUUUUGAUCUUGCUCGCCUUGCAAACGAUGACGAUGUGAUGUUGCUCGAUUGGGUGAAAGGGCUUCUGAAGGAGAAGAAACUAGAGAUGCUUGUGGAUCCCGAUCUGCAAAAUAACUACGUGGAAGCUGAAGUGGAGCAGCUCAUCCAGGUUGCCCUGCUCUGCGCCCAGGGUUCCCCCUUGGAUAGGCCGAAGAUGUCAGAAGUGGUCAGGAUGCUAGAGGGCGAUGGCUUGGCAGAGAAAUGGGAUGAAUGGCAGAGGGUAGACGAAGUCCACCUCGACCUCGUGCCACUUCGCCCCCACAACAACUCUGAUUGGAUCCUUGACUCUACGGAUAACCUGCAUGGAGUUGAGUUAUCGGGGCCCAGGUGAUCUUCCAUUGUGAAUUUAUACUACUACUACUACUGCUAGUGCAUAGAGAAGCUAGGUAAUUUUUGCAAAUCCCAAACUGAUUGAGAAAAUCAUAACAAUAAUGACACAAAAUUGUGACGAUUCAAAUGUUUGUACAGAUAUUUUCCUCAACUGAAUAUCCUAACUUGCCAUUUGAGAUUGUACUCU